CCAUUUUUCUUCUUCCAUGGCAAUUGGUUUCAUUUUUCCGUCGUUGGCUAUUACAUAGUUGGAGACAGACGGCAUGGUUGUGAGGCAGUGGUUGGUAGUGUCCUUAUUGGUUGGUAUGAUUGCAGUUCGUCCUAGUCGAUCUGCUUUUCUUUCCAAAUUAUCCACCCCAAGAAGAAGCAGACCUCUGUUUUCCCACCACAAUAAUGAUCAUGAUCAAGAACGACAAGGAAAACAAGCCGAGCUGGAUGCAGCAUCCACUCUCUCAUUGGCUCCCAUGAUGGAAUAUACGGAUCGUCAUUUUCGUCAUUUGGUGCGUUUGAUAUCGAAUCGCACGUUGCUGUAUACCGAAAUGGUGGGCGCCAGUGCGAUUUAUCACGAACAAAUGGAUGCCAAGCAGGCAUAUCAGGACGCGCACCCCACUAGUACUGCCGACGAAGAUGUCAAUGCCCAUUACAAGGACCGAUAUUUGCAACGAUUUCUACGUCAAAGCAAUCGAGAAGGACCGUGUGUAUUACAAUUGGGAGGCUCGGAUCCCACGGCCAUGUACCACGCUACCGAGACGGUCAUGGAAUUGACCCAACGAGGAGGGAUCUGCGAUUAUACGGCCAUCAAUCUGAAUUGCGGUUGUCCCAGUCCCAAAGUGGCUGGCAAAGGAUGUUUUGGAGCGGCACUCAUGGACGACCCAAAGUUGGUGGCAGAUCUGGUCACGGCCAUUCACGAGGGAUGUCAAGGACGGUUGCCCGUCACGGUCAAGUGUCGGAUUGGCACCGAUUCCCAACAACCAUUUUCCAAACAACUACAACGCCAAGACGAUGAACAAGAAUAUCGGACAUUGGCACACUUUAUCGAAACCGUGGCAGAUUCCGGGAUUGUGACAUCGUUCGAUGUGCAUGCCCGCAUUGCCGUAUUGCAAAAGUCCUUUUCACCCGCCGACAAUCGCAAAAUACCACCUCUCAAAUACAGUGUAGUCCAACGACUCGUCAACGACUAUUCUCCACACAACAAGUUGAAAUUCACAUUGAAUGGAGGCAUUGAAACCAUUCCACAAGCGCAAUCGUUACUGCAACAAAUGCCAGGAUUGCAGGGGAUCAUGAUUGGACGGGCAUGGGCAGCCGAUCCCUGGCGAUUUUCCAUGGCGGAUACACUCUUGUACCACAACAACAAUGAUCAAGACCAACAAUCAACAUCCAAUAAUAUGAAUCGACUGCAAAUCUUGGAGGCAUUUGGUCGUCAUGCCGAUCAAGAAGAACAAGAAUGGGAUCCCAUCAAGAUUCGACGAUUCCUCGUCAAGGCGGUCAUGCCACUCUUUGCGGGAGAACCCAAUUCCAAACAAUAUCGCAUUCGAUUGGAUGAAUUGGCACGGAUCCCCAAACAAUUGCAUGCUCAAGGCAUACAUUCCAUGGCGGGACAACCGCCUCUGUCCGAAUUGAUGGUCAAUACAGCACUGGACUGUUUGAGUGAAGAAACAUUGUUGCGGACGCCGCAAGAAAGUUAUCAACGAUUUUUGGAACAAGAGGCAUCCUCUCAACUUCCGGGGCGACCACAUGAUCCGACUGUGGCAGCAUGGCAGGCCGAUCGGAAAUCGGCUGAGGCUGUGUAA